AGCUUCGUCGCACCCCCGUGAUUCCGCAGCUUUUUAUAUUUCAUAUUAAGAAAUUCCUCCAAAACUCCGAGUUAAUCAUUAUCUCAUUUACCCAUUUCAAAAAUUUUAAAAUGGCUUCUAACCCCCCUGGACCUUGCUGCGCCACUGGCUUCAAACAUGAAGGCAACCCAGUUGGUGAGAUCAAGAACGUUAACGGCGUCGAAACCUACAUUGUCUACCCCCAAGACAAGAGCACCGAGAAGGUUAUCGUCUUCCUGAGCGAUAUCUUCGGUAUCUAUAUCAACGCCCAGCUCCUCGCCGACGAGUUCGCCGCCAAUGGAUACACUUGUGUCAUCCCCGACCUUUUCCGGGGAGACGCUAUCAAGCUCAGUGACAUGGAAUCUGGAAAGGCCAACCUCCCCGCCUGGCUCCCCAAUCACCAGCCUAACCACGUCGACCCCGUCGUCGAGUCUACUGUUAAGUACGUCCGUGAAGAAUUGGGCGCUAAGCGUGUCGCGGCUGUUGGAUACUGCUUUGGUGCCAAGUAUGUCUGCCGCCACAUGAAAGAAGGCAAGAUCGACGUUGGUUUCAAUGCCCACCCUUCCUUCGUCACCCACGAGGAACUCGGUGCCAUCACCGGUCCUCUGUCCAUCGCUGCUUCCGAAAUCGAUACCAUCUUCACUACCCAGCUCCGUCACGAGUCUGAGGAGACCCUGAAGAAGACUGGCCAGCACUGGCAGAUCAACCUGUUCAGCGGUGUUUCCCACGGUUUCGCUGUCCGCGCGGACUUGAGCAACAAGCAUUUCAAGUUCGCCAAGGAGCAGGCUUUCUGCCAGGCUGUCAACUGGUUCAGGCAGUACCUGUGAACUAAAAGCAUAGACUGAUAAUUACUAGCGUGUUGUAUAUGUUCACUUCAUGCUAAUGAAUAGAUGUGAUGAAUGAUAUACUUUGAAUAGGCGUAUGUCUUGCAAUACCUAGCCUUGUCAUAGGCAAUUUGUAACUUCCACCAAAUAAAAAGUUCAUAUGCAUUUUCAAAGCAAGAUAGACUAAAAGGACGAGUAUUGAAACCGGGAAGUUAAGAGGCUCCACCGCCCAUGCUCUUUAAUUCUUCACUAACUUCAUAGCUAUGGUGGAUGGUUCUAUUCUUAGUAGCGGAUCGAUAAGGCUGUUGUUUAUUCCAUAAACUUGGCUGCCAGGAAGGCUUUGUAAUAUAUGUAUGAUGCAGACCAAUUACUCGCAACUUCUACAGAAUAGUAAGAGCUAAGAUCUACAAUUAUUAUGUAGAAAACAUAGGCCUUAGGCACCAUGUUGAUCAGCCUUGCC